CUCUAACGUGUGGCACCAAUACAGGAAGCGGUGUGUAUAUUGCUACAACCCAAACCGAAUACAUGAGCCAUAAUUCCUUCAUUCAAAAUAAUGACUUGAACGUUUUAAAUCUUUAACGGACAGCAUUGACCAACAGUAGUUUAGAGAGCAACAAUGAGGAUGAGGCUGAAGACCGUAUUUGUGCUCUACUUCAUGGUUUCUCUCCUGGGGCUCAUCUAUGCACUCAUGCAACUCGGUCAACGUUGCGACUGCAGAGAGCACGACCUUCCCAAAGAGCGUGCCAUAUCUCGACUGCGAGGGGAGCUACACCGUCUCCAGGAGCAAAUUAAAUCAGAGGAGACCAAACAAUCCCAAAACCGGCCAGCGAAGGCCUCCAUCCCUACCAUUUUUGUCAUUACUCCCACCUACGCCAGGCUGGUGCAAAAGGCCGAGCUGACCCGCUUGUCCCACACGUUCCUACACGUUCCUCAGCUACACUGGGUUGUAGUAGAAGACUCCCAGCACAAGACAUCGCUCGUGCGUGACCUUUUGGCAAAAAGUGGCUUGACCUACACUCACCUUAAUAUAAUCACCGCAAAAGAGAAUAAGCUGCAGGAGGGCGACCCCAGAUGGAAGAAGCCUCGUGGGGUGGAGCAGAGGAACGAGGCCCUGCGCUGGCUCAGAGAGGAUGCACACAGCCAGCAGGGGGUGGUUUAUUUCGCUGAUGAUGACAACACAUACAGCCUGCAGCUAUUUGACGAGAUGAGGAACACGCAGCGUGCGUCUGUGUGGCCUGUGGGACUGGUUGGAGGAAUGAAGUACGAGAAGCCUGUGGUGGAAGGAGGAAAGGUGGUGCACUUCCACACCGGCUGGAAUCCCAGUCGUCCCUUCCCUAUAGACAUGGCCGGGUUUGCUGUGUCCCUUAGACUGGUUUUGGCUAAUCCGGAUUCCAGGUUCGACAGCAUGGCACCCAUAGGCUUUCUGGAGAGCAGCUUCCUGCAGGGCCUCGUCACCAUCGACCAGCUUGAGCCCAAAGCAGACAAGUGUUCCCUCGUGCUGGUGUGGCACACACGGACAGAGAAGCCCAAGAUGAAGCGAGAAGAGGUCCUGCAGGCUCAGGGUCUGGGCUCAGACCCCGAUGUGGAGGUCUGAGGAGCACACUCAUGUACAUUUAAGCUGGAUAUUUAUUGUAGGGUU